AUGUUAGAGAAAUUUUGGGAAGACGAGAAUGUGGAGAUUAAAACUAACACACCUUAUACAUUAGAAGAGUUACGAGCUGAGAAAAUUUACGAGAAUACUACAACACGAGAACCUAAUGGAAGAUACGUCGUCGCACUUCCGUUUAAGCACGACGAACCUAACCUACCUACACAUACAUAUGAGAGAGCACUAGACAGAUUCAAGAGAUUAGAGAAAAAACUAUCACAAGAUGAGAAACUGAGUCACGAGUAUAAUAAAGUCAUGAGAGAGUAUCUUACUUUAAAUCACAUGGAGCCGGUAAAAGAGAGAACGAGAAACGAGAGAGCCAUAUACCUACCGCACCAUGCAGUAUUGAGAGAAGAUAAAAUUACGACAAAAGUUAGAGUUGUGUUUGAUGCUUCGAGCAAAGGAAGCAACAAUAUUUCACUUAAUGAUGAGUUAUUAAUUGGUCCACGAUUACAAGAAGAAUUACGUAGUAUUUUGAUGAGAUGGAGAAUGCAUAAGAUUUGUUUUACAGCGGACAUAAUCAAAAUGUACCGACAAAUAAGACUGAGAAAGGAAGAUACAGAUUAUCACAGAAUAUUAUGGCGUUUUAGUGAUGAAGAAGAAAUACAAGAUUAUAGAUUGCUAACAGUCACAUUUGGCACAGCAUGUGCGCCAUACCUUGCAAUAAAAACACUUAAACAAGUAGCGAUAGACGAAGAUAAGGAUGAGUCAUUACAAGAGGCACAGAGAGCUAUUCUAAACGAUUUUUUCGUUGAUGACAUUUUAUCAGGAAGUUACGAUGUAGAAACUGCAAUCGACAUUCAAAGUAAAGUAACAAAAAUACUACAAGCAGGAGGUUUUGAGCUACAAAAAUGGAAUUCUAAUAGUAAACAAUUUAUGGAAGAGAUCGAGAAUAGUAAAAGAGCAUCAAAAAAUGAGAUAGAGCCAAACAUAAAAGAUACAAUAAAAACGUUAGGUAUUAACUGGAAUACACUAACUGACAAGUUACAAAUAACAAAUACAGUCCACAAUUCGAAAAUAUCACUUGAACCAACUAUAACUAAGAGAAAGACGCUUCAGCAGCAGCAUAUGCCGCAGUGGUUUACGCUAGAGUUGUGCAAUCCAAUGAUGAAGUCAAGGUUUCGUUGA